UGGGAAUUCCACGCGGAAAUCCCACGGGGGCAUGUAUCGUCACAGCCGCCCGCAACCCGUUAUCAAACGCAUUUCCUUUUCCUCUUGUUCAUGGCAUCCUCCGCGAGUUUGUUUCGUGCUACUCUGUUGUUGGAGCAUGGAUAACAUUCGUUGACAUGGACUUUAGUUCUGUGAGAGUCCUGGGAAACGGCAACCGUUUUAUCAACCGCUCAUCCUUAUAAACUGUGGUCUCUGGCUCUAAAGCCAACUACAAAUCCUGAGCGAGGCGUGCUUCCAUACAGCCAUGUGGAGACAAAUAGCGCUAGGACUGUCAGUCAUGGCUGCGGUUUUGACAUGUGCCGCCGCGCAGUGCAGCGGCGUGGAAAUAGUUCCGCGACGUGACUGGGGUGCCCGCGCGCCUAAAGGUCGCACGGCUAUCAAGAACGCCCGAGUUCCCUACGUGUUCAUACACCACACCACGGGAUCCGGCUGCAACAGCAAGGUCUCGUGCAGCCGCAGCAUCCGUGGACACCAGAACUACCAUAUGGAUAAAAACGGUUGGUCUGACAUCGGCUACAGUUUUCUGGUUGGUGGAGAUGGUCGCGUCUACGAAGGCCGUGGCUGGGGGACCGUUGGGGCUCACACCCGAGGAUACAACAGCAACGGCAUCGCCAUUUCAUUUGUAGGAAAUUUUAUGGCUCAGAAUCCAAACCAAGCCAUGCUGAAUGCGGCUCAGAAGCUUAUCGCCUGCGGUAUCAAGAUGGGCAAGAUCAGCAGCACCCAUUCUCUGCACGGCCACAGGGACGCCAACUGCACCGCUUGUCCAGGAAACAUGCUCUACAACAUCAUCAAAAAGUGGGCCAGGUUUGGCGGCAGACUCAAGAAGUUUAUCUGCUAACCGACGAUGAAGGCGCUGCCGAUUUCGCUCGUUUUUCCUGGCCGUAUUCAAAAUAUUAAGCAAAUUUUUUCUUAGAAUGUUUUGCUUAGGGUUUGAUAUGUUCCAAUCAGUAAUAAAGGCACCUUACUUUU